CGCGUAAUCUACUACAUGACUCGGCCGCUACAUCUUCCUCCUUUCGUUGCCCAAAUUCUUUGUGGAUUACUGUUCAGCCCGACUUUGCUCGGUGAGAAUGACACUGUCCUCAAAGAUAUCUUUCCUUAUAGAUACACAAUGGUUCUGGAGACAUUCGCAAACUUAGCUCUCGUCUACAACAUUUUCCUCCUCGGUCUUGGUAUGGACUUGAAGAUGAUAAAAAUCAAGCAACGCAAGCCAAUAGUCAUAGCCAUCGUUGGCCUCGUUGUGGCUUUAUUGACCGGUUCUGGCUUGUAUUACCUUCCCGGUAACGGAGACGCCGACAGGAUUUUUUCAGGUUGUCUUUACUGGUCGGUUGCGUUGAGUUGUACGAAUUUCCCUGACCUUGCGAGGAUUCUUGCCGAUCUCAAGCUCUUGCGUUCUGAUAUGGGACGCACGGCCAUGAGUGCAUCCAUUAUUACGGAUUUGUGUACUUGGGUUCUCCUUCUUCUCGUACUCGUAAUGUUUAACAAACAAGGUGUAUCGAACGAUAUGAUGCUAUUCGCGUUAGUAUCAACCAUCGGUUUUGUCUUUUUCUGCAUCUACGUGAUUCGUCCUGGGGUGGCUUGGGCCUUCGCCAACACGGUCAAAGGAGGCCACGUUGGAGAAAAUCACGUAUGGUUCACUCUCGUAGGAGUCAUUUUCUGUAGCUUAAUCACCGAAGCAUUUGGGGUCACCUCAAUCCCUGGAGCUUUCUUGUUCGGUCUCUCGGUCCCUCAUGACCACAUAAUUCGGGAUAUGAUUGAAGAGAAGCUCCAUGAUUACCUCUCGGGAAUUUUGAUGCCUCUUUUCUACAUCAUCUGUGGUUUAAGACUCAAUCUUGGUUACUUGUCUACUAACACGAGCGCUGGAACGUUGGUGUUUGUGAUUUCUUCGUGCUUUAUGGUGAAGAUUUUGUCUACCGUUAUUUGCUCCCUCUUCUUGGGCAUGCCCUUGCGUGAUGGUUUUGCUGUUGGUGCCCUUAUGAACACCAAAGGAACUAUGGCCUUAGUCAUACUCAAUGCAGGACGUGACAGAAAGGCGUUGGACGUAAUAAUGUACACUCAUAUGACGGUUGCGUUCCUGGUGAUGUCAAUACUGGUGCAGCCACUUUUAACAUUGACUUACACGCCAAAGAAGAAAUAUUCUUUCUACAAAUACCGAACCGUUCAAAAACUCCAAGGAGAAGUAGAGUUUCGUGUGUUAACCUGUGCUCAUGUCCUCGCUAACGUCUCCGGCCUAACCAGCCUAUUACUGGUUUCUAACCCGACCAAGCGAUCUCCUAUCAACGUCUUUGCAAUUCACCUAGUCGAGCUAACCGGUCGCACUACAGCUUCGUUGCUCAUAAUGAACGACGAGACCAAACCUAAAGCUAACUUUUCGGACCGAGUCAGAGCAGAAUCCGAACAGAUCGCUGAUAUGUUCGAAGACAUGGAAGUGAACAACGACGCCAUGUUGGUUCAGACACUCACCGCGGUCUCACCUUACGCGACGAUGCAUGAGGAUAUUUGUUCGCUGGCCGAGGAUAAACGAGCCAGCCUCAUCUUAUUGCCUUACCAUAAGAAUUUGACAUCUGAUGGUCGGUUAGGUGAAGGAAACGAUGCGCACGAGAAUAUCAACCACAACGUUUUGAGCGACGCACCUUGUUCGGUCGGGAUAUUGGUUGACCGUGGCAUGACGAUUAUUCGGUCUGAAUCUUCUUCGUUCCAUGGCGAGACCACAGAUAAAGAAAUUGCAAUGCUAUUCAUUGGAGGCCGGGACGAUAGAGAGGCUUUGGCUUAUGCUUGGAGGAUGGUGGGACAAGAAAUGAUCAAGCUAACGGUUGUGAGAUUUGUCCCGAGCAGGGAAGCUUUAUUUGCGGCCGGGGAAGAAGCCGCUGAGUACGUGAAGGAGGCACAAGUGGACGAAGAGUACAUCUACCAGUUUAACUUCAAGACUAUGAAUGAUUCUUCUGUGACUUAUACAGAGAAAGUGGUUAUCGAUGGUCCAGAAACGAUCGCAGCGAUUAGAGAAAUGGAAGAUAACCAUUCUUUCGAUCUUUACAUUGUGGGAAGAGGGUACAAAGUAGAAACGCCUGUGACCGUGGGUUUGACUGAUUGGAAUACUAGUCCGGAUUUAGGGGUUAUAGGCGAUACAUUAGCUUCAUCAAACUUCACAAUGCAAGGUUCGGUUCUUGUGAUUCAACAAUUCUCAGCCGCCUAUAGGCAAACAGCAGGAAACAAUCAAGAACAUGUUGGCUGUGGAGCCAAGGUUGCCAAUGAAGCGAAGCCUUUAAUGAAUUCUCAUGGGGAGGAAGAGGAUGAUGAAAAUGAACAAUAUCAAAUGGGAAUGCGCAAAUAA